UUGAAAAAUGGAGCGUCCAUAGAAGCACUCAGCGUGGUUCGCGAACUAUUACAAGAUACAUCGCACAUCGCGUGGUCGUCGAUCACCCGGACACCCGGGGACUGCCGGACGGAAUCGGGGUGUCGGAUGGCAAUUAAGUUGAAAGUGGACAAGCGUACCACUCCGGUCACUCCGGUGGGCGGUCGUGUCGUGGAUGGUCGAGUGUGGUCGUGUGGUUCGUUGUUGCUACUGUUGCUCGCUCGGUACCGGCUCAUCCGAUGUUGACCACACCUCGCUGUACGUUGUGGUCCGGUUAGUGCGUACGUGUUGUUGCUAGCGAGCGAUGACCACCGGAACGUAACCGCCGGUGGAUGCUGCUAGCAACGGACCAUCUGUGUCGGUUCACGUGCAGUGUGCGUCUCUGUCAGCUGUUUACACUGGACGGUAAUCGACCCAAAACACACCCAACCGGCUGUAAGGAUAGUGAUGGUAUUGGUGGACGAGUGAAGGGCUAAUUAGUUGCAGCUGCAUCGCGGUGCAAGCCGACACCAAACCACAUCGAAAGAGAAGAAGAAGAAGAAGCUAGCGAGCAGAAGAGUCGGGAAUAAAAAUAAACAUUAAAGUGCCAGUCCGUUCCGGUGGUGCGUCGAUCCGAUGGCCUGGCCCGGGGGCAUGCAGCAAACCGUAUAAUAUAGCAACAACCAAAUAGUAAUAACAUCGCGUCAGGGCGACGUAACGAAACUUCCAAUAACCGGGGAACGCAGCAGCACCCGCUAAUGGCCGUCGCGGGUGUAAUGGUUGCCAAGUAUUUACGAUGUGUGCCGCGUGUGCCGUACGCCAACAGCAUCAUCAUCACCACGCCGGUCGCAUCCGACUCCGAGUGUGCUCUGGCCAUCGGUCGUACCGAUGGGGGCCGGCCAGCGAUGGAAAAUUUAUGACUUUUUAACGACAUGCUACGCGACAUGCUGGUUGGCAGGCUGGCUGGCUGGCUGGCUGGCAGGCUGGAUGCAAAGGACAUCAGUGUCGAUCGUUCCAAAGUCUCCGAAGAUCACGUUUCCGAUCGGGAGGGGGAAAUUUGUCAAUUUGCAAAUGAGCUGGCUAAUGGGGAGGGGAAGGCGUUGAAAUUGAAUCAAAAACUGAGAAACGCACAUGCUCGCGUGCGACGCACAUUUCCGUCCAUCAUCCCGUGUCACCAUGGUAACGGGCUACUCCGUCAACUCGGUGGCCAGCAGGAGAGAUAGAGAAGCUGUUGCUGCUGCUACUGAUGGUGUCACUGUGGUUGCAAAGUUGUGAUUCCAAUCGAUCGACCGGUGGCCAUAUAAUCCGACGACGGCAGCCCCUAAAUCGACAUCACACACCCAGACCAACCCGUGUACCGUGAGUGUACGUGCGCUUGUGCGUGCGUCCUGUGUGCGAAUGUGUUUGUGUGCGGCUCUUCCGUAUUCCUCAUCCACCGGGGCCGGUCGAUGAUGAAACAUAAGUGAGCAGCUUCCAUCAUUCCGUUAUCCGUUGUGCACGAAAGAGAGAGAGAGAGAGAGAGAGAGAGAGAGAGAGAGAGAGAGAGAGAGAGAGAGGAGAAGGCUCUGAAAAGAGUGUGAGUUUCGGUGAAGUGGAAAACCGACGUGAAAAGUGCCAUAAUCCCCAUCCCCAGCCAUAAUCAUCAUCCACCAGGUGCACCUGGCCUGGGUGGGGCGGUGUUUCGUCUCGAUCCGUCGAGCAAAUUAUGUCGAGCAAUUGAUUGAAACGCGUGAGAUCAUUCGCUCCAGCGGUCCACAUCGCCGGCGCCGGCCACAUAAAUAUCGUCGUCGUGCUGCGAACAGAAAUUGCACAUCGACAAAGCCUCCGGUGAGCGCUAGGAUAAAGCGAGUUGCUGCGAUCACAAUGGAGGACACCAACGCGACGUCACUGUUUAUGCUGGGUGGGUACGAUGUGCUCAACGAGCGGAAUCUGUCCAACUUCGGCACCGAGCUGGACCGUAGCGAGUGGAACGAUACGCUGCUGGGUAACAUGACCUGCCCACCGACCGAUAUGCCGACGACGUACUACGUGUUCAUGUUCCUGUAUGCGGUCGUGUGCCUGGUCGGAGUGCUGGGCAACACGCUCGUCAUUUACGUGGUGUUGCGCUUCUCCAACAUGCAAACCGUCACCAACAUGUACAUUCUGAACCUGGCGAUCGCGGACGAGUGUUACCUGAUCGGAAUUCCGUUCCUGAUCGCGACGAUGCACAUGAAACGCUGGACACUCGGUGGUGCGAUGUGCAAGGCGUACAUGGUUAGCACCUCGAUCACGCAGUUCACUUCGUCCAUCUUUCUGUUCAUCAUGUCCGCCGACCGGUACAUUGCGAUCUGUCAUCACAUCUCGUCGCCCAAGUACCGAACGCCGUUGGUAUCGCGCAUCGUCUCGGUACUGGCGUGGCUCGCUUCGGCCCUCAUCAUGCUACCGAUCAUGAUCUACGCGGAUGUGAUCGAACAGAAACCGAACACCUACUCCUGCCAGAUACUGUGGCCGGAAGCGCAUGGCCAUCUGCCGGGCUACACGUUCACCGUUUAUUCGCUAAUACUGGGGUUCGUCAUACCGCUUUGCUUUAUUAUGACGUUCUACUGUCUGGUGAUACGCAAGCUGCGCAAUGUUGGCCCCAAGACGACGGGUAAAUCACGAGGAAAGCGGCGCUCUCACCGGAAGGUGACCAAGCUGGUGUUGACCGUCAUUACGGUGUACAUUCUCUGCUGGUUGCCGUACUGGAUCUCGCAGGUGGCGCUCAUCACGUCGGACUUUGAAACGUGCAGUACGCGGCUCGAUCUGAUCCUGUUCCUGUUGGUGGGCUGUCUCGGGUACAUUAACUCCGCCAUCAAUCCGAUCCUGUACGCGUAUUUGAGUGAGAACUUUAAGAAGAGCUUCCUGAAGGCGUGCACCUGUGCAGCGAGGGCUGAGGUGAACGCACAGCUGAAACUCGAAAACAGCGUCAUGCCGAAGCGCUCUCGCACGCGGACGAAUUCCGACACGACGCAGCUUACGACCGGUGGUUCCAAGAUGCAGCACCGGUUGUUGGUUGAGCCGACGACCACGGCCACCACCACCACGACCGCUGCAUCGUGUGUCUCUUCGCGCAAUCCCAGUCCUCCACCACCGGCUUGCUCCUCAGGCAAUGGUGCGCAACGCAACAGCAAUCUGCUCACGGUGCCCGGUAGUACACCUGCUCCUGGCAGCACUGCUGUAGCCACUAGCAACAACAACAACAACAACAACAACAACAACAGCAACAGCUGUAAUUACAACAUCAACGGCAAUCAGCAAACCGGAAGCACCAUCAACGGUGAUCGGCCACCGGUGAACGUUGGCCCGGGUGGUAGUGGGAAGGAUGGCGACACCCACGCCGAGAGUGUCACUGACGCGAGUGAAAGCUCCGGCUUCGAGCAUGAGCCGUUGCAACGCCAGCAGCAACAACCGCUUGUCAGACUGACGUAACUCGUCGAGCGGCUUGACAGUGUAUAGUGUACCAAACAGUGGCAGUAGCAGUAGUAGCCCGUGCGUCACUGGCACUGAUUGCCGGCACGUCACACAACUGUCUACUCAGUCUACUACAGCACCGAGCGGUUCUCACUGGAGUACUUACCGCUCUAAAUAUAUAUAUAAAAAAAAAGGAUAAGAAGGUGGCCACGUGCGCCCGGCACAUCGGUAGUAAUUGGAGGCAAAACGGGAACCCACAGUAGACUAGAGAUGUGUUUUAACCGCAAAUUGGAAUACGGUAGCGUGGCGGAACCGUUCCGGGGGGGAAGGCAAAACUUAUUUAUGUGAUAAAUUAGUGUUAACGAUUGUUGUUGUUGUUGUCUCUGGGUCUGAGCUACUUCUGAGUAGGCGCGGCAUUCGCGGCACAGGUGGUACCAUGCGCCCAUAACCUUUAAAAACACAAGCGCGGUAGCGUCGCGGUUGGUCCGCGUGAUUUUCAGUAGAUUGUGCGUGCAAUGGCCACCGCGGUGGUUGCUGGUUUGAUGUUUGAUCGAUAACGAAUGGCGAGCGGACCACACAACCAAUCAGCACCGCACAGUGCGAGGGAAUUCGAUCCAGGACCGGGGUGCGUGGUUUUGGAAUUUGGAUAAAAUAUAAAUUUUGAGCUCCCAAAUUCCAUUAAACCGAACGGGUGGUGGCCACACGACACAGUACCAGCGGCGUGUGUUCGUGUGUGUCGAAAUGCUUAAUGCGUCCCACCUCCCAUCUUGCCACCCACUGACUCCCACAACCAUCUCGGUUGGAGUAAUUUACGAGCCGGUCGAUGAAAAACCGAUGAUGCUGUUGAUGAUGCUGUUCGCUGAAAUUGAGUGGUUUCGUGGGAAACGUGAGAAAUUUAUCGUUUUCAUAAAUUGGCCCCCCCUCCCGGUAGUUUUGUUUAACUUUUCCCAAUUCGCUUCCUCGCGAUCAUCGCGAUGAGGCGUGAUGAUGUGUGAUCGGUUGUUGAUCGAAUUUUGUUUACUUGCGCACGCCACACAACGGAGCCGUAGCGGAGUGCAAAUGCAUUCAUCAAAAUUGGAAUUAAAAAUACACCGAAAACAGCGCCGCUAAUGGAAUGGGAGGCCCCCCGUUGAUGAGGAUGCCACCGAUGAUGAUGAUGAUGAUGAUGUGGUUUCCAUUACGAACCUUUGAUUGAAUCGUCGUCGUUGGCGCGCGGCUUUUAAAGUGUUUCCAAUCCGUUGCAUCGUCAUUAGCAUCAUCGUGCCGCAUAGGGGAGGGGUUGGGAGUUGGGUGGGGGUUUCACAUUCAUUUGGCAUGCCGAUCACUCCGCUCCGGAUCGAAUUCCACGGAACGAUAUGCGGGAAUUAGUUUAGUGAAUCCAUCUGGCAGUAAUGGGCGAUGGACACCAGAAUUUGUGGUGCUACAACAGCAACAACAACAACACAUUUAAUCGAAGACGAACGAGGCCGAACCACCCGAAAAGGGUAAAGCAAACAGUGAAAACAGCGAAAAAAAAACCAAAAACUUCGAAGCCCAACGAACCGGGAACGGGAUGUUUAUUAGUAUCCCCUUUGUAGUAGUAUUCCCCUCUCCGGCCCAUCCUAAUGGCGUCGUCCGAUGGAAUCGGUUGACUAAUGGCGUGCAAAUGGCACGACAAAAAAGGGGUUCAGGACCGGCGGGCGGGGGGGAACAAAUCUAUGAUAUAUAGCGGAUAAUGAGAGCGCCCAGAGCAACUGUGUGUGUUUUUUUUACGUUAGAUAAAGAAAAAGCUCGAUAAGUACUACUUUUCCUACAUUUGUGAUCAUGCUGUGCGUGGCGUGGCGUGGCGUGCGUGCGAACGAGCGAUCGAUCGAGCCCAAAUGUGUCUUGGGUCGAGACGAAGAACCAAGGAGCGUGCCGCGAGAGAGAGCAAAAAAUUGUGUAGCAACUCGUUAACGGUCACUUUAGGAGGUGGAAGAACGAAACGGAACGGGGCGCUAGAUAAAAUAGAUUAAAUACGAAUUACGUCGACAGGAUGGAAGCGAGAUGGACACAAGAAAUGGACAGCUUGCGUCCUCCACAGGGCGUCCUCGACAGGGCCGGAGGGAGAGUUCGAAUUCGUUGUUGUGUAGCAACAUUGUACACUUAACACCCUUAAGCAGCAAAAAAAAAAAGGAAUGGCCUAUCCAAGCCCAAGCGGUGCCAGGUGCCAGCAUUUCGCAGGCGAACGAAUUUCUCGCACGCUGUAAGCGAUAGCCGGAGCGGAAGAUAGCGAUUAAUAUAAUAAUAAAAAAAAAUAGAAAACAAACACACCGGGACACGGGCGGACGCAGACACUAUAUCAAAUCGUCGUUGGUAUCGAAUUUAUCAAAACUCUUCAUUAAAUGGAAGCAGAGGCUCUAAUAAAGACGUAAAAUCUUUCCAAAUGAA